AUGUCAAUGGAACCUCUGGACGGUGAAAAUCAAAAGAAACGAGUUUGUUAUUUCUUCGACUCGGACAUUGGAGGUUUCCACUAUGGCCCUGGACAUCCUAUGAAGCCCACGAGAAUACGGAUGUGCCAUUCCUUGGUGAUGAAUUAUGGCUUGUACAAGAAGAUGGAGAUAUUCCGGGCAAAACCCGCGACAAAACGCGAGAUGACCCAAUUUCAUUCGGAUGAGUAUGUCGAUUUCUUGAGCAAAAUUACUCCCAGUAAUAUGAACUCGUUCGUACGAGAACAACAUAAAUACAAUGUUGGAGAUGAUUGUCCUGUAUUCGACGGAUUAUUCGAUUAUUGCUCGAUAUCUGCUGGUGGAUCUAUGGAGGGUGCUGCGCGGUUAUCUCGAGACAAGUGUGAUAUUGCAGUAAACUGGGCUGGAGGACUUCAUCACGCGAAAAAGAGUGAGGCGAGCGGAUUCUGCUAUGUCAAUGACAUUGUAUUGGGUAUACUUGAGUUACUACGAUACCACAAACGUGUUUUGUACAUCGACAUCGACGUACACCAUGGAGAUGGUGUGGAAGAAGCGUUUUACACUACAGAUCGCGUUAUGACCUGCAGUUUUCACAAAUAUGGAGAAUACUUCCCUGGAACAGGUGAACUACGAGAUGUAGGUGUAAUCAAGGGGAAAUACCACGCGCUCAACUUCCCUCUACGUGACGGAAUCUCGGACGAAAAUUACAAGUCUGUUUUUGAGCCGGUCAUUAAACAAGUAAUGGAAUCAUACGAUCCGUCCGCGAUUGUUCUGCAAUGUGGGACGGACUCUUUAUCUGGUGACAAACUCGGUUGUUUGAACUUGUCCAUGAAAGGACACGCAAACUGUGUCAAGUUCGUCAAAUCCUUCAACAAGCCACUGUUACUUCUUGGCGGAGGUGGUUAUACGAUGCGGAACGUUAGUCGAGCAUGGGCCUAUGAGACUGGCCUUGCUGCUGGGGUGGAACUUGGCCCUGAUAUACCGGUGAACGAAUAUUACGAGUACUUUGGACCUGACUAUCAGCUCGAUGUGAAAUCGUCAAACGCCGAUGACUUGAACACACCAGCAUAUCUCAACCGGGUGAAGCAGAUUGUGAUGGAGAAUUUGCGGCAUUGCGGCGGGGCGCCCAGCGUACAGAUGACAGAUAUCCCUACCUUGCCCAUUGACGCAGAAAUGGACGACCCAAACGCAGAUGAAGACUUGAUCCCUCGAGACACUCGACGCUCACAACGACUCCUAGACUCCCGAAUCCAAAAUGACGGAGAACUUUCCGACUCUGACGACGAAGGCGAAGGUGGGCGUCGGAAUCAUGCCCGACAUCGAGACUCGGACAGCGUAGAAAGCGGAGGCGGAAUCUCCGGACGUAAAUACGGUCUCGGAGCGGGGAUUAUGCAUACAAGCGCAGCUCCGACGCAUGGUGCAGGGCCUAGUGGACAUGUUACGAACGUACGAGUGUUUUCGACUCCGAAGGCGUCAUCGAUGGAAGUGGAUACUCUCUCUCUGCCUGCUGAGAUUGAGGAUGUGGAGGUAAAGAUGGAGAACGGAAGCGAAGGAGGGGGAAGGGAAAAAUCCGACUCAAUGGAUAUCGAUUCCUCUUCAGCGACAACACCCGCUGAAAUUGCAUCUGAAGCACCGCUAGGUUCGACAUUGAAUUUGAGCUAG